AUGACGAAACGACCACCGAUAACUUCCUACUUUGGAACUUCAAGUGAGAAUAAUGCAAAGAAACAGAAGAUACGGACGAAGGAAGAUAGUGAAGGUGAUACUGAUUUAUUAAUAGAAAAAUCAGAUCAAGAUAAUAAGUUAAGAAUUUUGAAAGAUAAUAAACCUGUUGAGAUUACACUAGAGGAACUUAAAUUUUGCAAGAACUUAAACUUUGAUAAAGAAAAUUGGAUUAAUACCUUAACUGUAGAACAAAAACUUUUAUUAAAUUUGGAAAUAAAUACAUUAAAUAUAACAUGGUUAGCACUAAUACAUAAAGAAUUAACAAAACCAUAUUUUCAAAAAUUAAAACAAUUUUUAAAUGUUGAAUCAUCCAAAAAGACCAUAUUUCCCAAACAAGAAGAUAUUUAUUCUUGGUCAAACUUAACACCUGUAAAUAAAGUAAAAUGUCUAAUAUUAGGUCAAGAUCCAUAUCAUAAUCAUAAUCAAGCUCAUGGAUUAGCAUUUUCAGUAUUAGAACCAAAUAGACCACCACCUUCAUUAAUUAAUAUAUAUAAAACCUUAAAGAUAGAUUAUCCAGAUUAUAAAGUCCCUAAUUUUAAAGCGCUACUGGAACAAGGUAAACCAGGUGGUGGGAAUUUAACAAAUUGGUCCAAACAAGGUGUACUAUUAUUAAAUACUAUACUAACUGUUGAAUCUCAUAAAGCAAAUAGUCAUAAAAAAAAAGGUUGGGAAAUAUUUACUGAAAAAUGUAUUGAAUUAUUAAUUAAAUAUUAUAUUGAACAAAAUCAAGGAUUUGUUAUAAUGGCUUGGGGAUCACCAGCUCAAAAAAGUAUAGAACCAUUUAAAAAAUUAUUAGAUCAAAAUCAAAAUAAAUUUUUAAUUUUACGUACUGUUCAUCCAUCCCCAUUAAGUGCUAGACGAGGAUUUUUCGAACUGAAUGUAUUUAAAAAAUGUAAUCAAUGGCUAGUUGAAAAUGGUAAAACAGAAAUAGAUUGGAAUGUUUUAUGA